AGUGUAAAUUACCGCCAAGCUUCGGAUAAAUGGAGAAAGAAGGCAUUUUUGACGCUGAAGCGGACGAUAUCGACCAAGAUGCAAAGAAUUCAAAGUUCGACUUUGUUCCACACGACUCGACCAGAAAGAGCAAAGUGGAUGGCGAUCGUUCAGGUCUAAAGUUGCGCGCUUGCAUUUCCUGCAGACUAAUACUCACUGAAACUCAGUUUUAUGAAAAUGGUUGUGGAAACUGCGGAUUUCUACAAAUGGAUGGAGACAGAAGGAGAACUUUGGAUUGCACUAGCGCCAACUUCAGUGGAUUAAUCGCAAUAAUGGAGCCUCAAAAGUCGUGGUCCGCAAGAUACAAUAAUCUGAGUGAUGUAAUUCCAGGAUGCUAUGCAAUUUCCGUUACAGGAGUUCUCCCAGAGUUUAUCAGGGAUGAAAUUGAUGGUUAAUUUUACCUUUGCAUUUUAAACAUCGCUAUUGUAAGUUGGCAUGAUCCAAUGUCACGCAUUAAUUCAUAAACUUGU